UUUGUUUUUUGUAUUUCGUUUGAACAGGAAAACCUUCACGAGCCACAAGACACAAGGACAUCAAAGGCAACCAAAAAACAAGCAAGCCAUCCUCAAUCCAAAAAGCACUUCAUCACAGCCAUGUCAAACCAGCAACUGUCAUCGCGGUCGACCUGCGCUCAGGCGCUCGAGGCGUUCGGGUCGGCGCUUCCGCUGACCUCCUCGCGCGUGCUCGUCACUGGCGCCACUGCCGGCAUUGGCAUUGACACUGCCGCCGCGCUCGCUGCGGCUGGCGCUGCUGUCACAUUCACGGCCCGGUCGGACGCCUCCGCUGCCGCCGCGUUGGAGCAAAUCACGGCCAUUGCCACGCAGCUCCAAGCCACCGUGCCAAAGCUCGUCGCGCUGGCCCCGCACAGCCCACUCAAGAUCGACCAUGUCGUGCUGGACUUGGGCAGUCUGGCGUCUGUCAAAGCGGGCGUCGAGGCCUUCACAUCCAAGCACCCCGAGCCGCUCGACAUUCUCAUCAACAACGCAGGCGUGUUUGGCAUGCCGCACACCCUUUCCAAGGACGGCUACGAGAUGCACUUUGCCGUCAACCAUCUGGGCCACUUCUUGCUGACCUCGCUGCUGCUUCCGGCCGUCCUGGCGUCCAAGCACAAGCGGAUUGUCAACCUGUCCUCGGUGUCGCACACGACGCCAUCCACGCUCAAUUUUGACGAUCUGCUCAAACGAGAGCGGAGCUACCUGGCACUGCAUGCGUAUGGCAACAGCAAGCUCUGCAACGUGUACCAUGCGAACGAGCUGCACCGACGCUUCCACGACGCACAGGGCCUGUCCACCGUCUCGGUCCAUCCCGGCGACAUGAUUUCCACCUCCAUUUCCCGCCAGCGGCUGCUUUGGCGGUUUGUGUUUUUCCUCGCGUCGCCCUUCACCAAGAGCGUCACGCAGGGGGCUUCCACAACCGUCGUUGCCGCGCUCGCCUCCGAGUCUGUCAUUCCGUCCUCGUCGUACCUGAUUGAUUGCAAGGUCACUCCCACAUCCGCUGCCGCUCGCCUGCAAGAGCCCGCCGUCCGACUCUGGGAUCUGUCGGUCGAGCUUGUCAAGCAGUAUCUGACGCCCGAGGCAUUGGCUCUUGUCUCCAAUUGAUUUUUUGGUUUUUGGUUUUUCGUUAGCACAAAAAAAUAUCAAGU